CCCACUUCUUCUCCCUACACAACACUAAACUAUCUGCCAACGAUCUCUCUAGGCUCUAGCAUACUAUUCAUACUCUCUAGCUCUGUCUCCAAAAAUGAAGCUCUCCCAACGUGUUCUCUCAGCCCUUCUCCUGAUCUCUUUCAUCCUUGCUGCUACUGCUACUUCAGAGAUGGGUCUGGCGGCCGACAAGGUAUGCAAGACAAGGAGCGACCGUUUCUCAGGGGUGUGCUUGAGCAAUAACAACUGUGCCAUCAUCUGCCAACAAUUUGAGAACUUUGAUAGCGGUCACUGCGAAUUCGAUGGAGCCUUCCGUCGUUGUUUAUGCACCAAAAACUGUUAAAAGACUAUAUAUCUAUGAUGAUGAUGAUGAUAGAUCAUAUUUUCAAGAACCUAUUGUAGUAUUUUCGACUUCUCUCUUUAAUAAUUGUUAUCUGGUACUUGGAGAAUAUUAUAUCUUCAAUUACGGACACACUUUGUUAAUUUGUGUUCUAUAUAUGUAUGUCUUCUGUUUUCCGGUUUA